UUUGGUUAGAGUUGGACAACCCAAGAGUUUUUGGGCUAAUAUGGGGUAUUGAUAAAAGUUGAAGGUCCUUAUGACGAAAUUUGAUUUCCCUACGGGCACGACUAAGAAGGUCACCAGGGACGGACGAGAGCGACGGAGUAAGUAAGACGAUGACGAACAAGGAGAAAGCGCGGGAAAGAAGAGAGAAGAGGAUGCAGGAGAUCUCUCUCCUUCGAACGAUACCUUACUCUGACCACACCAGGUGGUGGUCUUGUGAAAAUGUAGCAGUGGUGACCGGUUCAAACCGUGGAAUUGGACUUGAGAUUGCAAGGCAGCUUGCAGGUCAUGGGUUGACUGUUAUUCUUACAGCCAGAAACGUGGAUGCUGGCCUUGAAGCAGUUAAAUCCUUGAGGGACCAAGAACAAGGUCUCAAGAUUGAUUUUCAUCAGCUUGAUGUCACGGACGCUUCGUCCAUUAGAGAGUUUGGUUGCUGGAUUAAGCAAACAUUUGGACGUUUAGAUAUCCUCGUGAACAAUGCAGGUGUCAACUACAAUCUUGGUUCAGAUAAUUCUGUUGAAUUUGCUGAGACAGUUAUAUCUACUAACUACUUAGGAACCAAAAACAUGACGAAAGCUAUGAUACCAUUGAUGAGACCAUCUCCUCAUGGCGCUCGUAUUGUUAACGUUAGUUCUCGUCUAGGUAGAGUUAACGGAAGACGUAAUAGACUUGCAAAUGUAGAGUUGAGAGAUCAGCUAAGCAAUCCGGAUUUGCUGACCGAGGAACUUAUAGACAGAACUGUCUCUGACUUCAUCAACCAAGUAAAAGAGGGAACUUGGGAAUCAGGAGGGUGGCCUCAGACAUUCACCGACUACUCCAUGUCUAAGCUUGCCGUGAAUGCUUACACAAGACUUUUGGCAAAAGAACUUUCAAGAAGAGGAGAGGAAGAGAAGAUUUAUGUUAACAGCUUUUGUCCUGGUUGGGUGAAGACUGCGAUGACUGGCUACGUUGGAAAUAUGCCACCUGAAGAUGCAGCUGAUACCGGAGUUUGGCUUAGCCUAGUUCUUUCCGAAGAGGCGGUGACUGGAAAAUUCUUUGCUGAGAGACGUGAGAUCAACUUCUGAGGUUGUUGAAAGUUGGAAAUAUAUUCUGUUGCUUUCGUUUAGUGUCAAAGGUUUUGGAACAUCAAUCUAAACAGGUCUAAGUUAAUAAGAGUUAAGCGUUUAUACGACACUAGUGUGAUUUGU